CUGACACUAUACAGGUUCCUUACUCCAGGAUGAGUGUAUUCCUUCAUCUGUUGCUCCUUGUUCCUUCUGUUGCUAGUGUUAGUUUAUCACUGACAAGUGGAGAGGUUUGUGAAGGAGCUGUUGCUACUUGGACUUGUGUUGUUAAUAAUUCUUAUGAUGGGGUUUCAGUAGCAUGGCGUAACAAUGGAGAAACUGCAUAUCCACUUAAUACUUUAGCUCCACUUGGAUCUGGCAGUCCAUUCAAUGCCACACUUACCUCUAUUAAUAGUAGUCUCAUUGUAUCAUCAGCAACUGCUAGACUAACCAAUACUGUAAGAGGAUCAUUGCUGGAGUGUUCUGAUGAUAGAUUCAUGUCUCCUAGCACAAAUGUUACUUUGAAUUUUGAAGAUCCAGUAGCUGCUAAUCUUAGCUCACCUGUGUUUUAUGGUGAUGGUAUCAGGUCUUACAAACUUUCUAUUUAUCUCUCAGUUUAUGAAGUUGAUGUAAAGAAUGUAACUGGAACAACAUAUUAUGACUUUAUUCCAGUAACUUCUGGUGACUACAGCUUUGGGUUAACCAGUGUCAAUUAUUCAGGAAUUGAUAUUGGCUCUAUGAACAGUACAUCCAUUCCUUGGAAAGAGCCUAAAAUAUCUGUUGAUACAAAUGUUAACAACAGUAUUGCCAACUUUACAAUUAGGGUAAAAUAAAAGUGAUGUGUAGUCGAUAUUUAUUUAUUGUUAAAGUGAUGUGUGUACUAAUGUCAUUGUGUAGUGUAUGCAACACUUUUCUUAAGUAACCUGUAAUACAAUAGAAAUAAA